AUGGCAUCCCAAAAUAAUUUGGGUAGCAUGUAUAAUAUUAUUUCUCUGGCUAUUAAUUGGAAUAAUUACCUCGAUCCUAAUGUUGAUGAAGAUGAAUUAAUUGAGGAUGACCUAAGAAUAGAUGAAUUUAUGGGUAUAAUGUAUGCUGCAUUUGGUCUUCCUCUAGUUCCAUCAACUCUUUUUCGUCCUUCUUCUCCCAUUUUGGCCUCCUAUGAUGAUACAAGUUUGAUAUUUUUAUCUGAUUCGAAUGAUGAACUUUCAGAUUUUGAUGAUGAAUCUUCUUUCCUGUCUUUCGAUGACGAAACUUUAAUGUAUUAUGAAACUGAAUGGAUAGAGUUAUUUUUUUAUUCAGUUUGUUUUUCCUUUAUUCCGCUUUAUAUACUUUGCUUUGGAUUUGACUGA